CGUCCGUUAUUUAAGCACUACGUGUAAAUACAAUGCUCUAUCUAUCAAAGCCAACACCUGCGGCUGACGUCGAAAUGUCUGUUGAGGCGUAUUGUGCCAUGACUUUGCUUCUCCUGUUCCCGUCCCUCGUCUGUUCAGUGCAAAUAGUUAUCCCCGAGGUAAUUAGUCAGGAGGGAAGCGCACCGCCACACAAUUGGACAGAUGGAGGCGGCAAGGAGUCUCCAAGCACUUCAAGUACGCUCACCUUUUCAGGAUCGCCAAACACUUCGAGUUCGUCGUGUGGGAAGAGUCAUUCCAGGUCUAAGCGAGUGGUCGGUGGGGAUCCCGUCUCCUCCAGUCAUUUUCCCUGGACGGUGGCCAUCUUCCUGGAAGGCGCGGUCUACCCGUACUGCGCAGGCGUAGCGUUAUCCGGAAAUUACAUUCUUACUGCGGCCCACUGUAUGCGAGGGAAAACAGCAGACAUGAUAUUUAUAGGCUAUGGAUCCCAGUACAUGGAUUACGAGAGAAUGGACGGCAGUGAGAAGCACGUAGUACGUGUGGACAUCAUCUACAAACAUCCCAGCUUUCGGGACAUCAUCCACGGGGACGACAUCGCAGUCCUCAAGCUGCGGGACUUCCUCAGGGUCUCUGACGACAUUGUCUGCCCCAUCUGUCUCCCAGAGGGCAUCGAUACGAAUACCUUGGUUGGCCAGGAUGGAGUGGUCGCAGGCUGGGGUAGAAUCUCUUACGGUGGUCAGCACAGCGGGCUUCUGCGUGCGGUCAAGUUGCCCAUCAUUUCCCACCAGGAGUGUUGUAGGGUCUUCAAGAAUGUAAUCACCGUGCGUGAGGAAAUGUUCUGCGCGGGAGACCUGCUUGGCAAAAAGGAUGCCUGUCAGGGUGAUUCUGGUGGGGCCCUUAUGUGGAUGGACCCGGACAGCGACCGUUGGUACGUCUUGGGAAUCGUCUCAUUCGGUGUGAAAUGCGCUGAACCAGGCUAUUACGGCACAUACACCAAAGUGAGCAGCUACAUCUCUUGGAUAUGUCACGUUACAGCUCUGUGUCUCUCAGUCUCUUCGGAAUAAACGUUUAUCACGUUGCACGCUCAA